AUGGCAACGAAUGAGAUUCAUGGAAUUUUAUAUGAUGAUGCACGGAAACUUCUUGGCGAGGACGAGUUGUACUGUGUUUUCAAAAAUUUGACUUUUGGCUUUUUCGCUCUUCAUAAUAAAGUCGAGUUUGGGUGCUUUUCAUGUGAUUCAAAAGAAAAUGAGAUUCUCUUCCAUAAAUUGAACGAUGAAUUGAAAAAAAGGGAAAGCCUUCCGGAUUUUACCCACGUCACAGCAGGAAAGGAUGUCUUUCACUUCUGUAAUUGGUUAGAGCUGUUAAUGGAGCAAUCUGAAACAUCACCUGUACUCGACCCAAAUCAGAAUCCCAUAAACUCUUUUGCUGCAUGGAUUAUUCUCUUGUGCAUGAGUUUUUCGAUUAUAAUAAUCUUAGCUCUUUGGGUAUGGAAAAGAAAUUGUGUUCAGGAGAAAAGCUCAUUUAAUGGAAAGCAAAUGGAUGAGAAUUUGGAAAUGCUCAACAUCACAAAUCCCACCGGUCCAACAUUUGAGGAAAGUGAGAUUGGAAAUGGAGCACACGGAAGAGUUGUUGUUUUGAAAGGAUACCCUGAACCAGCUGUCAAAAAAAUUCUGACCUCAAAAGAUCCACAAUAUCUCGAUCGUUUCAAGCAAGAAUUCGAGUUUUUAAAAGCUUUGAAGCACCCUCAUGUUGUGAAAUUAUUAUGGAACAUUGUCAACGUGGAGAUCUAUCUCGUCGUGAGUGAUUUAAAAAAAGAAAACAAAUUUCCAGUUUUACUCGAUCCAACGAUCGUCUACUCGAUGAAAAUGGUCAUUACUUGGGGCGAGCAAUUAUUUGAUGCUGUUCAUUAUAUGUAUCGAGAGAAGAGCGUUGUACAUCGAGACAUUAAACCGGACAACAUUUUUGUCACAAUGAGUUUCGACUUGAAAAUUGGCGAUUUUGGUCUAGCCAAGCACAUCGAGAAAACGUGUGUGGGAAGUUGUGUCGGCACCCAUCGUUAUAUGAGUCCCUCACAAGACUCGAAUGAGUCACAGCAAGCCUCCCAUCGAAAUGAUGUUUAUGGAUUGGGACUUGUUUUGUGGGAAAUCGUUGAGAGAAGCAAACCGAAUUGUCCAGAACAACUACAGGCGAUCAUUGAAAGAUGUGCCAACUUUGAUCGUGAAGCCAGACCGAAAGCGAGCGAGAUUCUUCAUCAGAUUCUCUUCAUCAAAAAAGAAGAUGUUUUCAUCAAAGCGUUGAAGUUUUUGAUCGAUCAGACUGAACAAACAACGAUUUUUCGUCCUAUCGGUUUUGAUAGAACGGAGGAGAGAGUUCCAAUUGAUGGAAUGACUUCCAGUUAUCACGAUCUUCUUCCACACCAUGCA